UAAAGCAGAUGCUGAGCGCCAAGUAGCCAAGGCCGAAUCAUAAAAGAAGCAAAGUACACAGCUGGGUGCAGGGCACAAUCGUGCACGCAAAUAUCAGGAGAACCACACCCUGCUCAACAUGAUACACUCCAGGCCCCGCUGAACAUCAGUUGCCAGACAUCAGGUGGAUGUAACCUUAUCGACGUCGUCCGGAACCCAAUAGUUCGACCCGAUGGUGUGACUACGCGCCAUAAACGAGUGGUUUCGAUCAAAAAAGCAGCGCUGAUUAGCGAAGAAAAUGAUGAUCAAACUUGCGGCCUUGAUAGCUGCAGGGUUUCAAAGCAUCUUUCCCUUGGACAGCUAUCACUCAUUAACAACGCAUGCAGCUCAGCUGAUCACCAAGGCCGAAGAGCCCAUCGAAAAAGUUGGGACCGUGACGUAUGCAAGAGAGCUCACGGCCUCUGAGACAUGCACAGUCGGUUGGCUAUUGAAAGGUGACUGGAACAGGUGGGUGAGAUGAAAAGCUGUUACAAGGUUGCGUGAU